CAUCUCUGCAUCAUUUUUGCUUAUUCUUGUUUUUUUUUAACUUUGUAACAAAUGUCGUACCGGGCAAACAAUGGAUAUGUCAGUUUGCCUUCACGCUAUGGUUAUGGUUCCAUAGAGAACUUUCAGCACCAUCUGGAUAAUGGUAGGAGGUCUCCUCGGUUGACCUCCAGAGACCUAGGCAGCUGCAGGCAUGGGCUGGAAUCACCAAGACCUUUUGGUCUCUCAGAGCUGGAGAAGAACAUUGCGGCAGCUGGGCACAUAGAAACAGAAAACUGGACGGGUCAGUGGAAAGAUUACCCUAGAGGGCCUAUGAGUCCACGGCAUACAGACAGAGCAAGAUCUGUCAGUCCCCUGCGUGGCAUCCACUCCUUGGAAUAUUUUGCCAGAAAUCUAUCCAGCCCUACCAUUUCAAGGAGAAAUUCUUUGUCUCGCCUUUCCACAUUGUCUCCAGAAGAGUCAGUCUUGGAGCUAUCCAUGACCCGUAGGGGAUGGAGUGGGUCAGAAAUGGACCUCAGGGCAUCUCUCUCAGAAAGUGCCCAGAAACGUGUAGAUCUUGUACAGCGCUUGAGGGAGACUCAAGGAAAACUGGAGGAGCAAUCAGAGGAAAUCAGAAUGCGGGAUAAAGAGCUGGAAAUGAGCCGGGCAAAAACAGAGCUACUUGCCCUAAAGCAGAAACAACUUGAAGCCUCCAUUUCUCAGCUAGAAAAAGAGAAAGGUUGGCUUGAAGUGUCCCGUUUUGAAGACAAGAAACAACGAGGAGAACUGCAAGACAGGAUUAUCAAUUUGGAGAUGGAAGUAAUGUUGGCAAAAUCUAGUUUAGAAAAUUUCAACUAUACCAAUGAGUUCAUGUAUCAGAAAACACCCAUGGGGAAUGAAGACACGAAUCGUGAAUUAAAGACAGCCAGAGAAAACUUAAUCUACUUUCGAAAUCGAGUCAAAGUCCUUGAGGCAGAAAAAAGCCAAGCUGUGGAGGAGCUCAGAACAUUCCGAGAGGGGAGUCAUUUGGCUCUAAGCCAAACAAAUGAAGCAAACCAGAGGGUGACUGACACUCUUAGGACACAUCAGAACCUACAAGAAGAGCUUUCUGGCCUUCAAAUGAACUUCAACAAGAUUAAUUUGGAAAAAGAACUUCUGUCUUCAAAAGCAAUGAGGUUUGAGGAAAAGGUUUCAGAUCUGACCUUAAGGCUAAAAAUUGCUCAGUCUGACAAAGAGAGGUAUAUGCAGGAGAAACUUGAGCUUCACCGACGCACACAGGAGCUGUCCCUAGAGCUAGAGAGGGCUAAGCGAGGCCGUGAAGGGUUUAAUGACCAAGUCAGUGAUCUUCAUAUUGAACUAGUUGGUGCAAAGACCCAGGCUAACCGUCAAGAUCAAGAAAAGGUUCAGAUGAAGGAAGAACUGGUGAUGCUGAAACAAGUCAAUGAGAAACUGACAGACGAGUUGGGGCAAACACAGCAAACUCUCCAGAAUACUCUGGAGCAAUUGCACCAGACUCAAGCAGAGCACAAGAUUGCCAGCAAUCUUUCGGUUGCACUUGAAGCUGAACGCAAACAACUACUAGAAGAGAAGCAGCUUCUAAUGGCUGCUGUGGAAAAUGAUGAGGAAAGUCGAAGUGUCCAGGAUUUCAGAGCUUCCCAGGAACAUCUACAGGAAGAAAGAGACAAACUGCAAGCCCAUUGCCGUGAACUGCAGGCAACUCUGGAACAAGCACAUGAACAGUUAGGCUCCCAAAUCCAGGAGCAACAGCAGAUCACCCUAUAUUGGAAGGAAAGAUGGCAACAGACAGCAGUAAAUUUGAAGAACGUAGAGGAGCUGCUAGAACAAGAAAGAGCUCACUCUCAGAAAGCUACAGGAAAGAACACAGAGUUACUGCAGGAUUGUGAAAUGCUUCAGGCCGACACAGAAGAGUUGUCUGAGCUCAAAGCAGCAGUGAGCAGGUUAAAAGAGGAGAAUAACAGGCUGUCCCAGCACAUGGUGGGAGUAGAACAAAGGCAACACCUACAACACCUUCAAAACUCAAUACAAGAAAAGAAUGAAGGAAUGACAACUCAGCUAAAAGACUUAUAUGGAGAGCUCCAACAAGCUCAUGAAAAGAUAAAAGAUCUAGAGAAGGAGAAGUCAGAUAAAGAAUUAGAGAUGAGAAAACUAAAGAAUGAGAAUGGAUCAGUCCUUCGAAUUGAGCUAGAUGCCUGUAGGCAGCAGCUGGAACUGGACAGAAGCCGUCGGGAGGUGCUACAAAGUAGAGUUGGAGAACUGGAGGCAAUAAUGUCAGAGGAAAGGAAAAGCAAGGAUUGGCUUAGUGGUAUGGGAAGCCAAAAUUCUGUGGAUCUUUUAAAGAGGUUGAGCGUGGGUGAUGUCAGGGCAGAAAUACAGAACCUAGAGCAGCAACUGGAAAAGGAAAAAGAAACAAGGAAGCAAAAAGAUGAGCUGAUAUUUACCCUGAAAGAGGAGUUGGAAGAUCUGAAGUGUAAGAAGCCUGGAGACAUCAAGGCGUCCUUGGAGGAAGUGGACUCUGAAUUGGUUCUGGUCCGAGAAGAGCUUCAGAAGGUGUGGAAUAUGUUAAAAUCAAAGGAUACAGAACUGGAAGAGCAAUAUCAGGAACUGGAAUCUGCUCGGGACCAGUACACGGAAUGCAGCUCUGAGAAGGUCAAACUGGAGCAGCUUGUCACCUCCCUACAGAAACAAAUAGAGGAAAAGGAACAGUCAGUAAAGCAUCUGCAGCAAAUUAAGGAGAUGGAGAAAACAGAAAUGGAUAUUGAGAGGUCUUCCUUGGAAUUAAAGUUGGCAGAAAUGCAAGAACAGUGUGGAAAAAUCUCCCCUAAUAACACGGUGCAAGGAGCCAAGACUGGAGUUAAAAGCUGGAGUCCAGGAGUAACCCAACCUGCUGCAAGUUUACAUAAAUGUACUCGCUGUGAUGUCUUCCUUCAGCAGCUGGAGAAAGCAAUUAAAGGAUACCAGGAGCGCAAUGUGGAAUUACGUGAAGAGAAAAACCAAACUCUUGUCUGUCUUUACCAGCUGCAAGAUGUUCUAAAGGAUCUCUCAAAGCAAACUAAAAUAAAUGAACAGGUAGCUCAAAACCUUCAAGUGGAUAACGAUACACUUAAACAGCAGCACAAAAUGGUAACUGAACAGCUCAAGGGACUGUUCAAAGAAAAGAAAAACUUGGAAAGUGCAUAUAAGAAAUUUCCUAAAGAAGAGAAGCCAGCUGAUGACUGGACAGUAAAAUCCAAACUAGUGAAGAAUGUGCUGGAGUCUGUCAAAGCUCACAAGGAGCAUCAGGAGGAACUUGGCAAGGAGAAAAGCCUGCAUAAAGAUUUGGAGGAAAAAGAUGUAACAAAAUUACAAAAGCAAUUGGAAGAAAAAUCGGAAAAAAUAUCCACUAUGGCUUUUGAAAUCAAAAUGCUGCGAGAAAAAAAUGAAUCUCUAAUGAAAGCUAAGCUGCGUUUCCAGCAACAGGUUCAGCAGAUAAGAAGCGUAUCCCAACCACAUGAAAAAGAGCCAACGGAUCCCAUUGUACCCCGCUUAUCUGGUCAUACCAAGUACACCCAUAAAGAUAAUGAACUUGAAUCAGCCAGCCAAGGAUCAUCAACACCACUGACUGGAACACAAACUCCAGAGGGAUCCUGGGCAGGUUCUCAACAAAGCUCCAGAUCGCCAACUCCUAUAAACACAAAUAAUACAACAUCUUCACCAGUGAGACUUAACUUCACUGCAACUAUGAGCAGGAGCUGGAGAAAUUCCAUGGAGGGAUCUCUACUUAGCCCAAGGAGUAAUGCUGACAGUGAAGGUCCCCUUACUCCUAGGGCCUCAGCGUUGCUCUCCCCAAGGCCCUAUCAGCCUCGGAAUACUCAAACACUGCAAAAAUUUGGAGAAUCUUAA